CCUAAUAACUUCCUGCAAGUCAGAGAGCUGCUGAAAAGUUUCUAAGAAAGAAAAGAGCACCAAAGCACAAUGGAGAUCUCUUCAACAUGUCUGAUUAUCUCUGCUAUGCUGAGCAUCCACCCUGACAGAUCUCAGUUCUUUUGGUAUGACACGAUCACGCUGAGCUGUGAAGGGACAGACAGCUCUGGAAAUUGGACUCUGAAGAGAAACACCUCCAUUCAAACUGCUGAGUCAUGUAUCUCGGGCUGGGGAGUGUCAAAUCAGACGUCAUGCACUAUUGUGGACACCUAUGCAUCAGACACUGGAAUAUACUGGUGUGAGUCUGAUCGAGGGGAAUGCAGUGAGACUAUCAACAUCACCGUCACAUGUAAUGCUCUUUAUUAUUUGAUCCCUGCACGUCCUGUGACAGAAGAUGAAACAGUGACACUUUUCUGCUAUUACAAGUACGAUGAAGAGAGCAGGGCGACUUCUAACUUCUCAGCUAACUUCUACAAAGACGGACAUUUAAUCAGUACUCAGCCUGCAGGAAACCUCACUUUCUCAGCGGUGUCCUUAUCUGAUGAAGGUUUCUACAAGUGUGAACACCCAACAAAAGGACACUCAGCUCAGAGUUGGAUGGCUGUCAAAAGCAAAGUCAGAGCUCAGCCAUCCGUUUCUGUGCCUGGACUGAUUGGUACUAUUCUGGUGAAACUCUUCUACACCGUGAUUAUUACACUGGGUGCAAAUCUACUCAUACCAUGA